AUGUAGAACUAUCGGGCUUACAUGACACCUUUCCAUAGUCAAAGCAAAUACCCUACGGAUAUACAAUUACUAGAAUCACGUGGCGCUGAUGUCUUGGGAACGGAUCACGAGGGACCCCUGGCUCUUCUCGCUCCUCAAACUUCGUCCAUAGGCAACCGUCAUCACGAUAUUUUCCUAGCUAGCGAUAAUCCGCGGGCAAAAACCAAACUCUUCCGCAGCAAAAGCCGUCAUGCUAAUGAUGCCCUCGCUCUCGUUACUUCAACCUCUUGAUGGCAUCUCAAAGCCGGAAGCGCAAACGCGCUCAGACUGAUCAUGCUGACCCCUUCGCGAAUAAAGAUGGCCCUUCUAGAUCUGACUGGCCUCCAUUCGGCAAUGAAACCUCCUUGUGCGCUCGCUGCGAGUCCGUCGGCCUUAGGGACAUUUUCACAAAAGGAGCAACGGGGAAAGUUGGAACAUUUAUCGCAGAUAUUGGUCAAAUUACGCGCGAUUGGCUAGACAAGACAUGCCCUUUCUGCCAGUUUUUAGCUCAGAUCGUCUUUUCUUCGGGAAACGGAAACCUCAAGGAAGAUAUCGAGUACUCUCUUCGAGCGUUUCCAAGCAUCACCGCCUUAGGUCACAUCAUCAACGACCGUAACUCUCGGUUCAUGCCAAAGACGAACAAUACAGCGGUCCUUAGUUUGGUCAAGUCCGAAAAGUCAAACUCUCAGAGGCCUCAACUACUCUCAAAAGAAGUGUUGAAUCAAUGGGGAUACAUAUAUUCCGAUACAGUCAUGAAUCUAGCUCUACACCCACGUAUCCUUGGUCGUGUGCUUAAGCCAGAUUUCAUCGACACUUCUAUUCUUAGAGGUUGGAUGAAUUUCUGCAUUACCAGGCACAUCAGCACCUGCAAAAUCCUUGAGGAGACUAGUAUCCCCUCGCUCAGAGUCAUCGAUUGCUUUUCCAGGAAAGUCGUGGAAGCUCCAGUGGACUGCAGAUAUGUAGCAAUGAGCUAUGUAUGGGGCCAAAGAGGGAAGAACGCCGAUUGGAACCUCUCUUCAACCUCGAAUGCGUUACCCGAAGAACUCCCCGCCGUGAUCGAGGAUGCAAUAUUCGUCGUCAAGCAUUUAGGCCUGAGGUUCCUUUGGAUCGACAGGUAUUGCAUAAUCCAGGACAACAAAGAGGAUGUCAUACGACACAUGGGCGUGAUGGACCUCAUCUACAAUCACGCGUUUGUUACGAUCGUGGCUGCUGCUGGUAGUGAUCCGUUCUAUGGACUUCCAGGAGUCGGAAGUAGGGCUCGAUCACCACAGCCGUCAGCCGUCAUUGGAACACAAACGCUGGUAUCAACACUCCCAGAUCCUCAAGAGCAAGUCAAAUCUUCUACCUGGAUGACCAGGGCAUGGGUAUAUCAAGAAGCACUGUUCUCCAUACGCCGGUUGAUAUUCACGGAUUAUCAGGUGUACUUCGAGUGCAACAACAUGCACUGCUGCGAAGCUAUAGACUUACCCCUGGAAGCGUUUCACACCAAAGACCAUCGGAGAUUCCGGACCUGCGUUCGUCAUGGAGUGUUUCGCGGUGGCUUCGGGAAACGAUGCUGGCCUCUAACCUCACACAUCCAAAAGUACACCGAAAAAUCUCUGACGUACCAGAGUGAUGUUCUCCGCGGCAUGCUAGGUAUUUUCCGUGCUUUCGAAAGGGCAAAGUAUCCGAUCCACCACGUUUGGGGUGUGCCAAUCGAGUUCGACAUGGAUCUGAUUAUCUGGAAGAAGCAGGCUACGAUGAGCAGACAGUACUCUAGCUACCCUUGGAAACUAUCCGCGAGCUUUGCUAGAGGACUAUGCUGGCUACCGAAACACCCAGCCGCACGACGCCCUGAGUUUCCAAGCUGGUCUUGGACUGGGUGGGCGGGGCCAAUCCAAGACUGGCCGAGUUUUGAGACUCUCAGUGCCCAGGAAAAUCCAGACAUACAGAUUAGGGUGACUCUCGAGGAUGGAAGGGUUGCUAACCUGCAAGACCUCUACAGCUUUACCGGGUCCAAGACCACCAUUUCGAAAACGUCGUGCUUUCUCGAGGUUGAAUCUUGGACCUUCCAGAUCAACAUUGUAUGCGCCCUCAAGAACGGCGUACUUCCAUCAGCUGCAGACGAUAUGGAAUCAGCGUCAGAUAUGUGCGAGUACUAUGCGAAGGUCAAUCUUGAAGACGGAACCACCAUUUACUCGCCUUUGUUGCUAUGUAGAGAGAUCCAACAUGGAGACGACUUUAGUAAGACUCUGAUCAGCUGCAAAUGGGAUUGCAUCAUCCUAGGAUACAGAAAACAAGCUAGUAGGAGCCCUAUGGUCAUGGUUCUUGAAAAGAGUGAAGAUGCGGUAGAGCGAAUCGGUCUAGUGGACUUCUGGUCUUCAUGUACUGACACGAAUGAUCCAAAAAGUGCUAUUGUCUUCGAUGACAGAAGACUAUCGAAGGCCAAGCGCAAGAUCAAACUGAAAUAGCACUUCGACAUCACUUCACUGGCACUACUGAAGGCCACACGUGGGGAAAGAAGUUUGAUACACACGUUUCGUUUCGACCAUCCUGGGCAGAUGCUCCAGCCGUCAUCGAAGCGCUAGGAAACUGCUGGACGCUCCAGAUGUUGAAUACAAGGUUGAUAUACACGUUGGCCUCCUC